GUUUCAAUUGUAGCAUAGCAGAGGUACCCUGUCCUCUAACCUACAGAGUCACAUUAGUUGUUGGCAUGGGACUCAUGAUGGCAAACACGCUCAGGUUAUUGUUCAAGCAACUGGUUUGGUUUUUACUUGUGGAAAACGUCUUAAUCUCUCCUACUUUGUCAUAUACUUAUAGCACUGACACAUGGCAACAACUUCCAAGGCGAACACCGCAAUUUGACAAUCGUCCACGCUUUAAACAUCCUCCACUCCAACAAACAGUUUCAAGGCCAGUUCGAGUAGAAACUGUCGCUGUGACGUGCCAUUCAGACUACAUGGAGAUAGUCGUGAAUGCUGAUCUGUUUAAACUCGGUAAUCUAAUCGACGUGGAUGACCUGCGACUUGGAGUUGAACAGUACCAAGACCAAGAGCCGUGUAGGGCUACAGCUUCAGCAGCCGGAGAUGAGUACAGAAUAUUUGCAGCACUUUCGGACUGUGGAACCAAGCACAUGCUGAACGAAGACUCAUUGAUCUACGCAAACCUCCUCAGAUAUACACCCAGAACCACACCAGAUGGCGUUAUUCGAAUGGCUGGUGCUGUAAUCCCAAUUGAGUGUCAUUAUGGAAGGAAGUACAGUUUGGACAGCUCUUCUCUCCAGCCGACCUGGAUCCCUUUCACCGCCACAGUGUCUGCUGAAGACACCCUGCAGUUCUCAUUGAAGCUUAUGACAAGUGACUGGCUCUAUGAGCGGGGUUCUGGAGUCUACUUCCUGGGUGAUCCCAUCAACAUUGAGGCGUCUGUCAGGGUUGCUCACCACACCAGGCUCAGGGUCUUUGUUAGCAGCUGCGUGGCCACACUGGACCCUGAGAGCAACUCUGUCCCCAGAUAUGUCUUCAUUGAGAGUGAUGGGUGCUUGUUGGAUUCCCAGCUGCCUGGUUCCCGCUCUGGUUUCAUGCGUAGGACCCAGGACAACAAGCUCGGGUUCCACAUUGAUGCCUUUAGGUUCUACCAGGAGGACAGGGCAGAGCUGUACAUCACCUGCCACCUUAUGGCAGUCCCUGUCAUGGACCAUGCAGAGCCUAGCAACAAGGCAUGCUCCUUCAUUGAUGGCAGAUGGAGGUCUGCUGAUGAGAAUGAUUUGCUAUGUGGGCGUUGUCCAAGCCUGAGUAGACAGAAGGGGGUUGAUCAAGCUCCAGCACAACGUCCCCUCAGUCCAAGACUAGGUGGUAGCCAACUUGAACCUCGUGUCUACCGCAACAAACCCCCAGCCUCUGGUGACAAUUGGAGUAUUGGGAUGAAGGCCAAGAAAGUAUGGGACCAGGAUGCUACUUUGGGCCCCAUGAUGGUCCUCCCAAGUAAACAGAAGAGUACACCUCUAUCUCCACGGACGAGUGGAGGUAUCGAUAUACCUGGCUUCUCUGCCUCAACAUGGGACCGGAAGCCCGUAUCACCUGGCAGUCGUUGGCGUGGCAUGGACUUCAAGAGGUAA